GUAGCCCGUGGAACACGAACAAAUCGCUUUGGCUAUAUACUUUCUCCGAGUCUACUUCACGCCAAUGGCAAUCUUUAGCCUGUGGGUCAUUAACAAAGCUGGUGGCUUGGUCUACCAGCGCAAUUUCGCAGAUGGCCUCGCUCAGCUCACAUCAAACGAGUACUUAGUCCUCGCUGGCACUCUGCAUGGUAUUCACGCCAUUACAAGCCGCUUAUCCCCUACUGGUUCAAGCUCAGGUGCACAGGUCAUUGAAGGGGAGACGUUUAAGAUGACCAUCUUGUUGACUGCGACAGGAACCAAAUUCGUUCUUCUCACAUCCUUGGCGGAGGCAACAGCGGAUUCGGUUCUUCAGAAAGUGUACGAGGCCUAUGCAGACGCUGUCAUGAAGAAUCCAUUUCACACUCCGGAGAUGCCAAUUCGCAGCGAGGGGUUUGACACACGAAUUACGAGCCUUAUCGGCACAGGACAACCAUGAUAUUAUAAAGCUUCGUAUCAAACCAUUGUCUUUGAUACAACAUUUGUAACGCUGUCGACUCAAACCACUGAUCUCGAGAGUUUCCUACCCUUCAAAGCUUCAAUAACUGACAUAUUGUCCUCGACCAUUGAAUCGCAAGAUUGUCUAUAAUGUUACAACUUACUACUUCACUAGCUAGUGGAUCGAUCCCUGUGUUCUCAAUUCAUGUUAUGACUCACGUGAUUAUCUCACAUGCGAUACAAAUACGCGUCGCGUCUUGCCAACGUUUUGCUUCAUCUCC